GAGAGGGGGAGGGGGUCAACAAACCCCGCCACCGACAACAACGUUAAGGCCUCCUCCUCACACUCGCAUCGUUUAUUUUCUCUCUCUCCCUCUCCACCGCAUUCAAUUAAUUUUCAAGUCUCAUGACACACGCUGUCGAGCUGUAGAAUGACAUCAGCAGCCGCGAGCAAAUCCAAGGUGGUGUCGACCAAAAGGAAGCCGGAUACCACAGAAUCUGCUGGAGCGCAAAGCAGGGUGGUGUUAAAACCCAGGCCCAGUGCUCGGCUGAAUCCUAAAACCAUUGAUCCGUUCAGUGAUAGAACUAGACCGAUUUCUGCAUUUGCUACCAUCUAUGCCAAAGCUGGAAUUCCAUGCAGGUUGGUGCAUGGCUCAGUAAAACAUAAGCUGCAUUGGGACACUCCGCCAGAAGAUAUUCCAUUUGAUCCACUUCUCAUAACCUUGGCAGAGGGCUUGCGAGAGACAUGUCACCCAUACACAUUCGUUUCCAGAGAGGGCUUUCGGGAGCUGCUGCAGACACAAGGGUCUGAUGAGAAAGCCCUGCCAUUACUGCCUCGGCUUGCCCCCAUCCUCAAAUCUGCACUGUCUCACUCUGAUCCAGAGGUGUUUCUCAGGGGUCUAGAGGCCCUUGAGCAGCUAAGUGCUGUCGUUGGACCAGCAAUCAAUGGUCAUCUCAAGCUUCUGCUGACCAGCCUAUACAAGAGAAUGAUGGACAAAAAGCUGCGGGAGCAGAUUACAAGUGUACUGCAGAGACUGGAGGAGAAUGGAGGAAAGGAAAGUCUCACGAUGAUAAAGCUGAAGAUCCCAACAUACUGCUCAAUCUAUUGCUAAGGAAGCAAGUUAGUAAUUUGUUUUAGAAGAUGCUCAUGACUAUUAAAACUGGCUGUAAAGGUAUAUAGAGACAAAGUAUUUUUUGAUGACAACUUAAUGCGAAAAAUUUUGAAUUUUAGCAUGGUUAACUACAUAUCUACAUUUCUCUGUGUAAAAUAAAAAUGUAGUGUUCACAUUUUGACAUUUAGUUAAAGCAAUGCGUAGGUUUACAUGCCCCACUUAUAAUUGCAUUCUACUUUUUUUUCCAAUGUUUAUUAUUUCUUCAUUUUCACAGUAAAACAUUGUCAGGUGCAUUUAAUGAAGCUUGAAUAUGUGUAUGCAAUAUUUCAGUGAAAAGUAGAGGUGGGUUAAUAUUAAGUGUAUAAUUAUAUUAUUUGCGACGUUUCUGUAUCGCUAUUGAACAAAGAAAGCUAAUAAAACUGCAUUGUCUGAUGAA